UGUAAGUUGCCGGCCUGAGCUGUGCCUGGGUUAUGUCUGCCAGCCUGUGACGUGCAUGCCUUCUAUCUGCAUGCCCACCACCUACCGGCCAGCCGGCUGCUCCUCUAAGACCUACCUACCCAGUUCCUGCCGGCCAACCAGUGGCAUUACCAGCACCAUGGGUACCUGUAACUGGUUCUGCGAAGGUACCUUCAAUGGCAAUGAGAAGGAGACCAUGCAGUCUCUGAAUGACCGCCUGGCCAGCUACUUGGAGAAGGUGCGCCAGCUGGAGCAGGACAAUGCCAACUUGGAGAACAAGAUCCAAGAGGCCUGCCAGUCCCAGGUGCUCACCAUGUGUCCCGACUACCAAUCCUACUUCAGGACCAUUGAGGAGCUCCAGCAGAAGGUUUUGUGCACCAAGGCAGAGAAUGCCAGGAUGGUUGUGCACAUUGAUAAUGCCAAGCUGGCUGCUGACGACUUCAGGACCAAGUACGAGACCGAGGUGUCCCUGCGGCAGCUGGUGGAGGCUGACAUCAAUGGCCUGCGCAGGAUCCUGGAUGAUCUGACCCUGUGCAAGGCUGACCUGGAGGCCCAGGUGGAGUCCCUGAAGGAGGAGCUGAUGUGCCUCAGGAAGAACCACGAGAAGGAAGUCAGUACCCUCCGAUGUCAGCUUGGGGACCGCCUUAACAUUGAGGUGGAUGCCGCACCCCCCGUUGACCUGACCCGGAUGCUGGAUGAGAUGCGGUGUCAGUACGAGACCAUGGUGGAGACCAACCAAAGGGACGUGGAGGAAUGGUUCAAUACGCAGAUGGAAGAGCUUAACCAGCAGGUAGCCACAAGCUCUGAACAACUUCAGAGCUAUGAGUCAGACGUCAUUGACCUGAGACGCACAGUCAACACACUGGAGAUCGAGCUGCAGGCCCAACACAGUCUGAGGAACUCUCUGGAAAACACUCUGGCAGAGACGGAGGCCCGCUAUAGCUCCCAGCUGACCCAGAUGCAGGGCAUGAUCAUUGACGUGGAGGCUCAACUGGCUGAGAUCCGGAUUGACCUGGAGCGUCAGAACCAGGAGUACCAGGUGCUGCUGGACAUGAGGGUCCGGCUGGAGUCUGAGAUCAACACAUACCGGGGCCUGCUGGAGAGCGAGGACUGAAAGUUGCCCUGUAACCCAUGCUCCACAUCUUCCUGUUUCCCUUGUGUGCCCUCCCCCUGUGUGCCACGUACUGUGUGUGUGCCACCCACUGUCUGUGUACCUUGCUCACCCUGUCCCCCUGGCCGCUACUGAAGUCCUUCAGGGCUGGUGGAUCCUGGAGGGACUGGAGCUGGGCAACCUGGUGUCUCUUCAGGCCGAGCCUGAUCACAGUUCAGUGAGCAAAAGAGCAGAGCCAGCCUCAACCAUCAAGGAAGACCCUGAGCAGAACAGGAAGUGGACUGUCCUCAACAUGUUGGGAUAUUACAGGGAAGCUCUAGCCCCACCUCUUCUGGAAGGUGGAAGAGGGGAAGAUUAGGGAAGGAAAUUAGGGAAAAAAUAGGGAGGAAAGACAUUUGUAGGAUAAGACAGAGCACACAUGAACAAAGAUUAGAAGAAAGUAUUAGCUUGGGGGGAACCGAAAGACUUGUAGCUGGUGGCAUUUGAGAUAGGUCUUGAAGGUUAAAUGGGAUGUCUUACUUGAAGUGAUUUUUACCUGUUUAUGAUAUGAUGUAUAGUAUUCUCAACUGGACUUGUCUGAAGCGUAUUCCAUGUUGGGUAAAUUCACUUUACAAGCUCAGUGAUGUAUAGUUAUCAAAUGUAUAAAAUAAAUGAAAAGAAAACUGCUCCUUCUAUUUCCAUGGGUAAACUGUUCUCUCUGGUGAUGUUUCUGGUUGUCUAUGCUGCCACACAGAGCAUGUAUUCUUAGUAGACUGGGAAAUAAAGCUGUAUUCGUGG